GCCUGUAAUGCAUGAGACAGUCCCUGCCCCGCAGAGCUGCUGGUCUUAAAUAGCCAAGGCAGACAAAAGGGGAGGGAGAAGAAGCAGAAGGAUGUAGUCACUUGCUCAUGACCAGUAGCAGAGCCAGGAAUGGGAUCCAGAAGUCCAGUCCAAGAUGUCUGGCACUGUGGCAGAUAUUUCCUUGGUGCACUGGAAGCAGCAGUGGCUGGAGAACGGCACCCUGUAUUUCCACGUCUCCAUGAGCAGUGCCGAGCAACUGUCCCGGGCCACCCCACCCACCCUUCAAGAGCCUGCUGAGAUCGUGGAGGAGCAGAUGCACAUUCUUCACAUUUCUGUCAUGGGUGGCCUGAUCGCUCUGCUCCUGCUCCUGCUGGUGUUCACAGUGGCGCUGUAUGCCCAGCGGCGAUGGCACAAGCGCCGCCGGAUCCCCCAGAAAAGUGCCAGCACUGAAGCCACCCACGAGAUCCACUACAUCCCCUCGGUGCUGCUGGGCCCGCAGGCCCGGGAGAGCUUCCGCAACUCACGCCUGCAGGCUCACAACUCCGUCAUCGGCAUGCCCAUCCGUGAGACGCCCAUCCUGGACGACUACGACUUUGAGGACGAGGACGAGGUCCCGCAGCGGGCAGAGCCUGGCACGAGGGAGGACGAGUUCGGCAGCCAGGUGACGCGGACGCUGGAGAGCCUGGGCAGGGGCGGGGAGGAGAAGCCCGAAUACGAGAAGAAAGCUGCUGAGGCGACGCAGGAGACGGUGGAGUCCUUGAUGCAGAAGUUCAAGGAGAGUUUCCGCACCAACACACCCAUUGAGAUCGGCCAGCUCCAGCCGGCCCUGCGCAGCACGUCGAUGGGGAGGCGGAAACGCAGGAGCAGACCCCGAGGUGGAAUUGGGUUUGGACGUGCCAAGGGAAACUCUGGCUCAGAGGCAGAUGACGAAACCCAGCUGACCUUCUAUACCGAGCAGUAUAGGAGCCGGAGACGGAGCAAAGGCUCUCUGAAGAGUCCAGUGAACAAGACGGCCCUGACGCUGAUUGCAGUCAGCUCCUGCAUCCUGGCCAUGGUGUGUGGCACCCAGCUCUCCUGCCCUUUGACCGUGAAGGUCACUCUUCAUGUGCCUGAGCACUUCAUUGCAGACGGAAGCAGUUUUGUUGUGAGCGAGGGAAGCUACCUGGACAUCUCUGACUGGUUAAAUCCAGCCAAGCUCUCUCUUUACUAUCAGAUUAAUGCCACCUCCCCCUGGGUGAGAGAUCUCUGUGGGCAGAGGACCACCGAUGCCUGUGAGCAGCUGUGUGAUCCAGAGACGGGUGAGUGCAGCUGUCAUGAAGGUUACGCCCCUGACCCAGUGCAUCGGCAUCUGUGCGUGCGCAGUGACUGGGGGCACAGUGAAGGGCCUUGGCCCUACACAACACUCGAAAGGGGCUAUGACUUGGUCACAGGAGAACAAGCGCCAGAGAAGAUACUCAGGUCCACUUAUAGUUUGGGUCAGGGCCUCUGGCUACCCGUCAGUAAGAGCUUUGUGGUGCCACCUGUGGAGCUUUCCAUCAAUCCUCUUGCCAGCUGCAAGACAGACGUCCUGGUGACAGAAGACCCGGCAGACGUCAGGGAAGAAGCGAUGUUGUCCACCUACUUCGAAACCAUCAAUGACCUGCUCUCUUCCUUUGGGCCAGUCCGAGACUGCUCACGCAACAACGGUGGCUGCACCCGUAACUUCAAGUGUGUGUCAGACCGCAAAGUGGACUCCACGGGCUGUGUGUGCCCGCAGGAGCUGAGGCCCAUGAAGGACGGCACUGGCUGCUACGACUAUGCCAAGGGGAUCGACUGUUCGGAUGGCUUCAAUGGUGGCUGUGAGCAGCUGUGCCUCCAGCAGACCCUUCCCCUGCCAUAUGAUCCCUCCUCCAGCACCAUCUUCAUGUUCUGCGGCUGUGUCGAGGAAUACAAACUCGCUCCAGAUGGCAAAUCCUGUCUCAUGUUGUCUGACAUCUGCGAGGGCCCCAAGUGCUUGAAGCCGGACACCAAAUUCAACGACACCCUCUUUGGUGAGAUGCUGCACGGGUACAACAACAGGACCCAGCAUGUCAACCAAGGCCAGGUGUUCCAGAUGACUUUCAGGGAGAAUAACUUCAUCAAGGACUUCCCCCAGCUGGCCGACGCGCUGAUGGUGAUUCCGCUGCCCGUGGAGGAGCAGUGCCGCGGCGUCCUCUCUGAGCCCCUGCCUGACCUCCAGCUGCUCACUGGAGACAUCAGGUACGACGAGGCCAUGGGCUACCCCAUGGUGCAGCACUGGCGGGUCAGAAGCAACCUGUACAAAGUGAAGCUCAGCACCAUCACCCACUCUGCAGGAUUUGCAAAUGUGCUGAAGAUCCUAAGCAAGGACAGCAGCCGGGAGGAGCUGUUGUCGUUCGUUCAGCAGUACGGCUCUCACUACAUCGAAGAGGCGCUGUAUGGAUCAGAGUUCAGCUGCACCAUCCACUUCCCCAGCAAGAAGGUCCAACAGCAGCUUUGGCUCCAGUACCAGAAAGAAACGACUGAACUCGGUACAAAGAAGGAGCUCAAGUCUAUGCCAUUCAUCACCUACCUCUCAGGCCUGCUGACAGCUCAGAUGCUCUCGGACGACCAGCUGAUCUCAGGCGUAGAGAUCCACUGCGAAGAAAAGGGCCGCUGCCCCUCCACCUGCCACUUGUGUCGGCGCCCAGGCAAGGAGCAGCUCAGCCCAGCCCCGGUGCUGCUGGAAAUUAACCGGGUGGUGCCCCUGUACACGCUGAUCCCGGACAAUGACACGAAGGAGGCCUUCAGGGGAGCCCUGAUGAGCUCGUACUGGUGCUCAGGGAAAGGAGACGUUAUCGAGGAUUGGUGCAGAUGUGACCUCAAUGCCUUCGACGAGAAUGGACUCCCAAACUGCAGUCCUCUCCCUCAGCCUGUGUUGCGCUUAUCCCCCAGCGUAGAGCCCUCCAGCACCGUGGUCUCUCUGGAGUGGCUGGAUGUCCAGCCUGCGAUCGGGACAAAGGUCUCCGAUUACGUCCUUCAGCACAAGAAGGUUGAUGAAUACACGGACACUGACCUCUACACAGGAGAAUCCUUGAGCUUUGCUGAUGAUUUGCUCUCCGGACUCGGAACUUCCUGCGUGGCAGCUGGCAGGAGCCAUGGAGAGAUCCCAGAAACCAGCCUUUAUUCGGUCAUUUUCAAGUGCCUGGAACCAGAUGGCCUGUACAAAUUUACCCUCUAUGCUGUGGACACCCGAGGGAGGCAUUCAGAGCUGAGCACGGUCACCCUGAGAACAGCCUGCCCACUGGUGGAUGACAGCAAGGCAGAAGAGAUAGCUGACAAAAUCUACAACCUCUACAAUGGCUACACCAGUGGGAAGGAGCAGCAAACGGCCUACAACACGCUGAUGGAGGUCUCCGCGUCCAUGCUCUUCCGAGUCCAGCACCACUACAACGCGCACUACGAGAAGUUUGGAGACUUCGUCUGGCGCAGUGAGGAUGAGCUGGGGCCCAGGAAAGCUCACCUGAUCUUAAGGAGGCUGGAGAAAGUUAGCAGCCACUGUUCGACCCUGCUCCGCAGUGCCUAUAUCCAGAGCCGCACCGACACCAUGCCCUACCUGUUCUGCCGCAGCGAAGAGGUCCGGCCGGCUGGCAUGGUCUGGUACAACAUCCUAAAGGACACCAAAGUGACGUGCGAGGAGAAGAUGGUCUCCAUGCUGCGCAACACGUACGGGGAGUCCAAGGGGCGGUGAGGGACGAUGUUGGCCUGGAGCUGUGGAAGGGAACUCCGAGGAGUCACGGACAUGUGACAACCUGAGUAGCUGGUGGGCUUAGGGGAAGGGUGACGUUCAGAUGGAGGGGACAGCGAGGCCAAACCGGACUGUUUGACACGGGCGGUGGAGAAACGAGAAAUCAGCCAGUUGGACUUUGAUUUCCCUUUUUAUUUUAUUUUUUAAAAUGAAAAUACCUAAUUUGACUCAGUAGCACCGUCUCUCCUUUUUAAUCUUUUCUUACCGAAUUUCCUGGACUACGCGCUCCAAAUCUGAGAGGAGGAGAAAUCCAAAAGAGCCAGGUCAGGGCACAGGAGAGCUAGCUGCGCCCUCCCCUGCAAACCUUGGAAGCGGACGAGGUGGGAAAGGGGGCCCGCUGCCUCAGCGCGUCAAGGAGCCAAGGCGAAGCGUCUCAGUUCUGGGAGGCGACACCGGGAGCUGGAAACCGAAGAUCAUGGAGAUUAACGCCAGCCGGGCAGGUGCAAAGACAUUGCAGGCAAACUGGGUUUUUUUUUAACGCUCCGAGUUUGCAGAACUGCUGCUUGCGGAGUCUUCGUUUGCAGGGCUCCUGACAGGUUGUUCUGUGCAUUAAAGA